CUCAUUCUCCCGGCGCACGUUAGACAUCAUGGGUCUCAUACUCUUCACUACUCAUUUAUGGCGGGAAACACGGUAACGGACCUAACGGUUUAAAAGGUUCCAUUUUUUCUCUCUCUAUCCAUUUUCAAUGCGAUUUUCGCACUCUCUCUCCUUACCUCACUGCUUUCUCCGAUUCUCUACUCUCUCUCCUCUUCCCCACAACCCGUCAAUGGCAUCCGGGUCGAACUCUUUGAUUUGGUUCCGCAAGGGUCUUCGGAUUCACGACAACCCGGCUCUCGAGUACGCCUCCAAUGGAUCCACUUACCUCUACCCUGUGUUCGUGAUCGAUCCGCACUAUAUGGAGCCUGAUCCGACCGCUUUCUCUCCCGGGUCGACCCGUUCCGGCUUGAACCGGAUCCGGUUCUUGCUCGAAAGCUUGGUGGAUCUCGAUUCCAGCCUCCAGAAACUUGGCUCGCGUUUGUUGGUGUUUAAAGGUGAACCCAGCGAGGUUCUGUUUCGCUGCUUGAAGGAGUGGGACAUAAAAAAGCUAUGCUUUGAAUAUGACACAGAGCCAUACUAUCAAGCUUUAGAUAUUAAAGUUAAGAACUAUGCUUCUGCUGCUGGUAUUGAGGUCUUCUCUCCCGUGAGUCAUACAUUGUUCAAUCCUUCAGAUAUCAUACAAAAGAAUGGUGGAAGGCCACCUUUGACUUAUCAAUCAUUCGUGAAGCUUGCUGGGCAGCCCUCUUGGGCAUCAUCUCCCCUCUCAACCAACAUUUCUGGGCUUCCUCCUGUUGGAAAUGUUGGAAAUUGUGAAAUUUCCAAAGUUCCAACACUCCAAGAACUUGGGUAUGAAGACAUUGGACAGGAUGAAUUGACUCCUUUUAGAGGUGGUGAAUCAGAAGCAUUGAAGAGGUUGGAUGGUGCGAUGAAAGACAAGGAGUGGGUGGCGAAGUUUGAGAAACCAAAGGGUGACCCAUCUGCUUUUCAAAAGCCAGCAACAACUGUUUUAUCACCCUACUUGAAAUUUGGUUGUCUCUCUUCAAGGUAUUUCUACCAAUGCAUUCAGGAUGUUCAGAAGAAUGUCAAAAAGCACACGUUACCACCAGUUUCCCUUCUUGGACAGCUGUUAUGGCGGGAUUUUUUCUAUACCGUUGCUUUUGGCACCCCGAACUUUGAUCAAAUGAAAGGUAAUAGAAUAUGCAAACAGAUACCUUGGAAUGUUGAUGAUGGAUUGCUGGCAGCAUGGAGAGAUGCCAGGACUGGAUUCCCAUGGAUUGAUGCUAUCAUGGUUCAGCUUCAGAAGUGGGGUUGGAUGCAUCAUCUUGCACGGCAUUGUGUUGCAUGUUUUUUAACUCGUGGAGAUCUGUUUGUUCAUUGGGAAAAAGGACGUGACGUUUUUGAGAGACUUCUGAUAGAUUCAGAUUGGGCCAUUAAUAAUGGAAAUUGGCUGUGGCUCUCAUGUUCAUCAUUUUUUUACCAGUACAAUCGUAUCUAUUCUCCAAUUUCUUUUGGGAAGAAAUAUGAUCCCAAUGGUGAUUAUAUCAGGCAUUUCCUUCCCAUAUUGAAAGAUAUGCCCAAGGAGUAUAUUUACGAGCCGUGGACAGCUCCGUUAAGCAUCCAAACCAAAGCAAAGUGCAUUAUUGGAAAAGACUAUCCUAAACCAGGAUCAUGUCCCACGUCCAUGAUGCUUCAGGAAUGGAUAAGUUUGUUCCCACACAAAGUGGACUUUCUAUUGACCUGGUCCACUCACUGCUCGGACUAGUAUGUCCGAACUACAGAAGAGCACAAUCUCAAGUUGGUCAACUAGCUUAGAAAUUUUGCCAUGUGUCUUUCUUGGUCAACGAAAGCAGUGUGGUCCUCUUGCUCAGAUGUUACCUCCCACAAACUGCCUCCAACUCCAACUUAACUUGGGCUCAUUGUGAGAGAAGUUUCGAGUUUAUUGCCUUUUGUUGGCUGGGCAACUCUAAAUUAGCCAAUCUGAGGUAUCAUUUCUACCUUGGUGAUGCAUCCAAGAUCUUUCUCGUCACACCGAGCAUCUUGAGCUUUAUAGAUGCUUAUUAUACUGUUUGAGGAAGUGACGGUUGGACUAGGUUAAUGGAAAGCCCACUUUACCUGGAAACGCACUUAUCCGUUAUAAGUAGAGGUAAUGGAGGAAGUGCCAAAUAUCUCUCAACAGAUUGCAAACGUUCAGUGAAGGGUCAGUUAUAGGUAGAGGUAAAUACACCAAGUCAAGCACACAACAUCCAUCACUUAGAAUCUAUUACUCUUUGGUGUUCUUGAGCGAUCUUUACUGACUUAAGCAUCAAAGUGUCCCCUGGAUGACCACUUUGGAUUGUCCAUUCUUUGGUGUCCUGAGGCAAUCAAACAAAGUGUUCGUGCUCUGCGGCUGCCAUCAUCUGAGUGUGGUAAGUUUUUCCGCACAACAAAAAUAAUAUUUUAUUGUCUAGUCUAACCAAAAUUCUUCGAGCUGCCACUCCUUGUAUGUCAACCUGGAUUUCUGAGAAAACAAUGUCGGAAGCUGCGGUCACUUCUCAUUUAGUAGCUUAUACAUUUGUGCAUUACAUCUUUCUAAUAAGGCCAGUUGAAAACAUCUUAGGACAUGUUUGAUGGCUCCAUUGCAUUUUAUACCGUAUAUUAGCUUUUGAAGGGACAUGUUGGUCAUUGAGAACACUAAAAUAGCUUCAUUGCAAUUGCGGACUAGUAGAGUCGGUUCUUCUUUAGUUAGACUUCUAUUCAAUCUUUUGCCUUCGUUUUUCAAGAAAGUUGCAAUUGAAGUAAUUCCAGAAAAUGGUUGUAGUUGGAGUAUUCAAGUUGCUUGAA